AUGACCGCCGAGAGCCGGCUGCCCCCGGGCCCCCCGGGCCCCCCGCCGCCGCUGAAGGCGGACCCGGCGCCGCCGGGGGACGAGGAGGCGGCGGCGGCGGCGGCGACGGGGGGGACGUCGAGGGGCGGUCGUCGUCGUCGCAAGCGGCCGGCGGAGCGGGGCAAGCCGCCCUACAGCUACAUCGCCCUCAUCGCCAUGGCCAUCGGGCAGGCGCCCGAGCGGCGGCUGACGCUGGGGGGCAUCUACCGCUUCAUCACGGAGCGCUUCCCCUUCUACCGCGACAGCCCCCGCAAGUGGCAGAACAGCAUCCGGCACAACCUCACCCUCAACGACUGCUUCGUCAAGGUGCCCAGGGAGCCCGGCCGCCCCGGCAAGGGCAACUACUGGACGCUGGACCCGCACGCCCGAGACAUGUUCGAGAGCGGCAGCUUCCUCCGCCGCAGGAAGCGCUUCAAGCGCAGCGACCUCUCCACCUACCCGGCCUUCCUCGCCGAGCGCCCCGCCGCCCCCUGCCGCCUCUUCCCCCCGCCCGCCGCCGCCGCCGAGCUGCCCCCGGACCCCGCCGCCGCCGCCUCCUGCGCCUUCUCCGCCGCCUCCUGCCCCGCUCAAGGCUGCAACGCCGCCGCCCUGCCCCACGGCUACGGGCCGCUGCCCUCCGCCCCCGGGCCGUACGCCCCGGCCGGCCCCGGGCACCUGUACGCGCCCCCGGGGCGCUUCGUGCUGCCCGCAUCGCCGCCGGCCCCCGCCGGGCUCUACGCGCCGCUGCCCCACUCCUACGGCCCCGGCGGGCAGAUGGGAGCCGCCGAGCACGGGCCGCGGCACGGAGCCUUCCCCGGCGGCCCCGACAGGUUCGUCCCGGCGCUCUGA